AUGGCGAUCGCGCUCGAGAAGCGGUGGCGGCUGGCGCUUGACAACAAGCACAAGUCGAAGGAGUGGCUCGAUGCGCAACCAGGCUGUGCGCUCUGCCUCACCUGCGAGGAGGCCGAUCGCCUCGGCGGCGAGGAGGCAGGCUACGAGCAGAUCCGCCCCCCCAAGCCCGAUCCGACUGACUUCAAGCUGACCUUCGACCUCAACACUGAGGAGCACCGGGCGUGGAAGGCAGCCCUCGUGGUGUCCACGAAAGCACCGGGCAACCGGGAGACGUUGGCAAAGCGGCUGCGCGCCAACGACGGCCUCAGCGUGGCCCAGCUCAAGAGGCUGUGCGAGACGGUCGGCGUGACUAAGCAGGGGAGCAAGGCGGAGCUCGCGCAGCGCAUCGGCGACAAGCUGCGCAGCAAGGCGGCGGCGAAGGCGGAGAAGGCGGCGGCGAAGGCGGCGAAGGCGUCGGAGGGCGGCGGCGAGGGGGCGGAGGGCGGCGGCGAGGCAGCGGAGGGCGGCGGCGGGUUGGGUGCGAGUGCAAGCGAGAAGGCGCCACCGGUGGAGAAGCAGGAGGAGGAGGCGCCGCCCCGCCGGCAGACCCUGCUCGCCGCCGCGAACCACCUCCUCGGCCACCACUUCAACGUUCCCUACCCCCUCCCCGGCGCCGCCCCGCUGCACGUGCCGCCGUCUGCCGCGCUGCCGGCCGAUGCCCCGCCGCCUAGUGAGCACGGGAGUGCACACGGGGUGCCUCGCCCGAACCACGGCCUUGCAAACGCUGUGCGCAAGGCCGCGCUCGUGCGCCCCAUCGCCAAGGCCUACGCGAGCGGCUACGUUGGAUCGAGCCUCAAGCGCUCCGACUUUGCCUUCGGUGAGGCUCAGCUCCUCGCCCUCGAGCUUGCGGCGCUUUUUGGCGCCGCCGGCCGCGAGUCCGAGUUCUCGUACUCCGAGGACGCCGUGCGGCACACCGCGUACAAGAAGGUCUCGUGCGACGCGUUUGCGGCGUAUGCGAAGAGCAUUCAGCUUCCGCACCGCGACGACGCCCUGCAGGCCCUGCGCGGCGCAUUUGCGUCGCAGGCUUCGGCGAUGACGCGGGUGCUCGAGGUGGCGCACGACCUGGACCUCUUCCGCUGCUGCACCGUGGCACAGAUGCAUCCAAAGCUCGAGUCCAUCAAAAGUGAGCUGCACACGUCCAGCGUCAACGCGCUUCCAGCCGACCGGCUGCUCUUUCAGCAGGCCGUGGAUGCGAUCCGCGCCACUGGCGACCGGCUGCUCUCGCUGCCUCCGGCGUCGCGCGAGGAGAUGCAGGACCGCCAAUCGGGCACUUUCUUUUCGUGCAGCCUCGGAGAGGAGGCGCCCGAGGCUUGCAUGCGCGCGGCGCUUUUGCUGCCACCACCGGCGCGCACCCUCGCUACAUCGGCCUUUCUCCGCAUCUACAGCGCGCCCGCCACCAAGCCGCGCAUGCACUUCCAACUUGAAGGGGCUGUCUAUGGACUCAUCACGUGGCAUGCGCGCCGCGCUGGCUUGAGCGCGAGCGAGGCCGACACCUUCUUCAACCAGAUCCGGACCAACGCGCUCACCGCAGCCAUGGGCGCGGGCAGCGCCUCCGAGCUCCUGCAGCCAAAACAGCUCAUGUUCAUCGCCGUGCGCCUCUGGACGUCGGCAGACCUUCUCGGCAGCCGCGAGUUCUGUUCGCUCUUGAACGAGGCGUUGCGCAGCGACGACGCCGCCGCCAUCGCCCACGCCGCCGCCAUCACGCACGCCCUCAACGCAUUUUGCGUCACGUGCCGCUCCCGCGGCAGCCCCGUCCGAUGGCCGUCAGAGCACGUCACCUACCGCGGCACAGCCAUGCCGCGGGUCUACAAGGAGUUUUUUUCCGUCGGCAAGGUGUACCGCGCGCCCAUGUUCGUCGCCACGUCGUUCCGCGAGACGGUGGCCGGCAACUUCUUGAUGCGCUUGCCGCCGCCAGCGGACGACCAGACGCCUCCGCUGCAGGAGCCGACGCUCUGGCGCUUCCGCCUCAACGGCAACCUUCCCGAGAGCGAGCGGUGCAUGCAGGCCAACUUUGUCGAUCGGACCGACGGCACGGUGAGCGGUGAGGACGAGUUCCUCUUCUCGCCCUACUCGGUCUUCACCGUGCGGGCCGUUUCAUGGCACGUUGAGCCGCUCGUCAACGAGUACGUCACGCAGUCGCACGUGAUCGACGUGGACGUGGCGAGCGACAACAAGCGCGAGCCACUCGACCUGCCGCUCGCGCCAUGGUGCUAG